AUGUGCGUGCUUGCGUUCAUAGCAUUGAGGAUGGUUCUUCUCGUUAGCUCCGACGGGGAGGAGUUCGAGGUGGCGGACGAGGCGAUCGGCAAGGCUUCGGGGAUGAUCAAGGGCUGUCUGGACGAGGACUGCGCCACCAACGGCCAGGUCCCGAUCCCCAACGUCACCGGCCGCAUCCUCUCCCGCAUCCUCGAGUACGUCAACAAGCACUUCUCCGAGCCCCAUGACGACUUCCAGAUCCCCAACGCCGACGACCCGCUCAAGCGCUUCGACGACGCGUUCGUCCAGGUCGACCAGGACACGCUGUUCGACCUCAUCACCGCCGCCAACUACCUUAACAUCAAUAGCUUGCUCGACCUGACCUGCAAGGCGGUGGCGGACCAGAUGAGGGGCAAGACCACGGAGGAGACCCGCAAGCACUUCAACAUCGUCAACGACUACACCCCGGAGGAGGAGGAGGAGGUCCGCAGAGAGAACUCGUGGGCCUUCGAGUAG